AUGGACCCUUUGGAAACUGUCAGACACGCUGAAUCUGAAUGCCAAGCUUGGUUUGACGCAAAUCAAAGACCAUACGAAAUCGUAGAAGAACAAAUUACAGUAGGGACUCCAACCUCCGAGCGAUGCAUGAUAGAUGGGUCAUGGACACAUGAUGCACUCUUUAGUGGUUAUGGGUGGACAUGGGUAUCGACAUGUCAAUCUUUUGGGACUGACUGCAAGGAAUUAAUGGCGAUGACCAAAGACCCGGAAGCAUGGCCGAGCUUCUCUACUGAGCUGGAGGAGUUUAUGAAGUUGAAAGCAAGAUUCACGGAGUUCUCGAUUGUUUUUGUACUUCGUCAGGAAAAUGUAUCGUCUGAUUCACUAGCUAAGAUAGCGAAAUCCUUCCAUAGGGAAUUAAUCUCCGUUCUACUAGCAGGAGGAGAAGGAGGAGAACAAAUUCCUGCACGUAGAUUAAAACUCAUAAUCGGAGGCUUAGCAGCUUUAGCUUUGAUAAGCAUUAUUUUUGCGAUUGCAGUAAUAUUGAGUGCAAAGAGAAAGAGUCAUUCGAAGGACGAGGACAUUGAAGCGGCGGUAAUGUUGAAACGAUAUAGUUAUGACACAGUGACGAAGAUGACAAAGUCAUUUACUCAUCCUCUAGGAGAAGGUGGAUUUGGAACUGUGUUUAAUGGAAAAUUACCUGAUGCUACGGGGAGAGAUAUUGCACUCAAGAUCUUGACUGAGUCAAAGGGCAAUGGAGAAGAUUUCAUCAAUGAAUUAGCCAGCAUGAGUAGAGCAUCUCAUGUUAAUAUCUUUUCUCUCUUUGGAUUCUGCUAUGAAGGGAGCAAAAGAGCUAUCAUUUAUGACUUCAUGCCGAAUGGAUUCCUUGACAAGUUUAUUUCUGCGAUUAUGUCCACAAAGAUGAACUGGAACACUUUAUACAACAUUGCGAUAGGUGUUGCUCGUGGGUUAGAGCACUUGCACAGUAGUUGUGUACCGGAGAUUGUGCAUUUCGAUAUAAAGCCACAUAAUAUACUUAUGGACAGAGAUUUGUGCCCCAAGAUUUCGGAUUUCGGCCUUGCUAAGCUUUGCAAAAAUAAAGAGAGUGUCAUAUCGUUGAUGGACCCAAGAGGGACUAUUGGGUACAUUGCUCCUGAAGUGGUUUCCAGGAACUAUGGUGGUGCUUCGCACAAGUAA